AAAGCUGUUUGUCAAACAACAAAAUCGUAACCAGGACAGAAUGACGAUAGUGUAGAACCUCUCCUGAACCACGUGAUUUAGUCCUGGGCAUCCAUUGGUGAGAGUUUUACCUUCCUGUGCGUCUGACAGACUUAUUAAACCGUCAACGAUUAGAGGCCACACCACUUCAGUAGAGAACUGCCAACGAGAGGCUUCAGUUCCAAUACCGAGAUAUUGACUAUCGAGUAAUAACUUUUAAAAAAAGCAAAAUUUUAAACCGAUAAGAAUUAACAAUUUCCAUUUUGGAAGCGGAAUAUCAGGGAACUUUUCUACAUUUUCGGAAAUCAACAUGGGAUAGGAAACACAUUGUGCAAACUAUGUAUGGCAUUACAUGUAUCUGUGAAUUUUCUCAGUUUAAUCAGAGCAAUAAUACCCUCUGAUGAUAUCUGAAUUCGUCGAGACCUAUUCAUAAACAGAGCGGUAAUGGAGAACUACACAUUAGGAAGAGCGGCUCUGAAUUUAUCUUUAAAUGUGACACGAAAUUUUGCCAGCCCUCGUGUCCCUCCCGCUGGGGUACCCUUUACCUGGAAAUUAAUAUCCUCUAUAAUUUUGGUCACUGGCUGUAUAGGUAAUAUACUUACAAUUUUCUCUAUAUUUAGGGACAAAAAUUUGAAAACACCUACUUAUAUUUUAAUCGCCUGUAUGGCAGUAUCUGAUCUCAGCGCCAUCAUUGUACGCUUCAUCAUUUUGACUUGGAACGUUUUCUUACCGGAUGUGCUGCCGAAUCCGGUCGAGUUUUCGUUGAUUUCCGCUGCAGUUGGUAUGGUGGUGGUCCAAAGUUCAUGUUUACACGUAGUAUUAUUCGCGUAUGUGCGGUAUGCUCUUUUGGUACAUCCAUUAUGGAGUCGCUUUGCCAUUACCUCUGUGCGAGUGGUGUAUGCCUCCUUAGCUGUCUGGGCAUUAAGUUUCUUUUUGGGAGUUCUCUAUGGCUUGUUUGGACUUUACAUCACUGAAGAAUUCGACAUACUCGUCCUCGAAAUCGUUUACAUUUCGUAUUUAAUAGCAGCAACGAUGAUUCCCAUUGCUAUUCUACAUUUACUCAAGAUUUAUCGCUUGAAGAAAUCACGGACACACGAGUGCACGCUGAUUACUAAAAGGAUGACACUAAUAUCAGGGAUUGUUAUAUUAGUCCAAAUCAUCACUAUGGUUCCCGUCACCGUUAAAGUGAUAGUUUUGUUGUUUAAAGGAUUCGCACCAGACACCUCUGACGUCACGGACUUGAUCGUCCAUCUCAUGCUCAGUGUCGGAAACAGUAUCAACCCAGUCAUUUAUUUCUUAAUGUCCAAACCUCAGAAUAGACACUGGAGCCGAUUUCACUUGUGUUUUUCAUAACUCUGUGUUCAAAAGUAGGUAAAGAUUAUUAUUCACUCGUUUAUUGUACAUUGUAAAUGUUUUCUUA